AUGUCGAAAUCAAAUGACUGUAUGUCAGAUAGAAAUUCAGCAAUAGAAGAUCAAAAGCAUAAUUCGCAAGAAAAAUAUUACGUACCAUUGUGCACGUCUGAUGGAAGAUAUCAUCGAGUUCAAUGCUAUUCCGGUUAUUGCUGGUGUGUACUUCAAGAUACGGGUAAACCGAUACCAGGAACAUCUUCGCAGAAUCGCACGCCAAAUUGCAAUCCAGUCCCGACUCCCAGCAGACCUAUAAAAGGAUGUCCAGAGUUAAAAAAACAACUAUUCCUUCGGGAUCUAAUGAAUCUUAUGCAAGAACAAAUGACAGCAUCCACUGAUUCUGACGAAACCACCACGAAGUGGCAAGCUUCUAAGGAAGAAAGGAUAGCUACAUGGCAUUUUGUGAUGCUUGAUAAGAAUAAAAAUAAGGUUUUAGAAAAAAAAGAAUGGAAAACUUUCCGCACAAUGGUAGCAAAUAAUAGACAGCUUCGGAGAUGCGGCAAAAAAUUACCGAGAUACUGUGACAUCAACAAUGAUAGAAGAAUCAGUAUGACAGAAUGGCUCAGUUGUCUUAAUGCUCAACAUCCAAUAACAGUUUAUAAGUGGUUUCACAAUUUUCGGAGUGGCCGUAUGAGCACAAGUGACGCUGAACAUUCUGGACGCCCUGUUGAGGCCACUAUUCCAAAAAUCAUUGAUAAAAUCCAUGAUAUGGUGAUGGAUGACAGAAGAGUGAAGGUGCGUAAGAUUACUAGUGCUGUGAGCAUCUUGAGUAAAUGGUGCAAGAAACCGAGCUACAAGAAAAACGUCCACGAUUCCCUAGUGGGCCAACUAGACGAGGUUUCGACAUACUUGACAAAUACUAUAAUAGAUGUAUUCCGAACAAAUACUUGA